AUGUCGUUCCUAGAUGCGAUCAAAAGAAUGGAUGUCGUGCCUUAUCCUCAUGAGGAAGGUUACGACACCUUUCAAGAGUCUGUCUAUGUGUUAUACUCUCAUGACCGCAGUUUUCAGUUAGGCUAUCUGCUUCCACUUGUCGUCACGGAAUUAGAUCGUUCAGGCCUUGUAUCUGUGGACAAAAGUAACCGAAGCAUUCAACUUUCUCCAGAACUAUCCACUGUGGAGCUCAGAUCUGACAAGCUGAAUCAAAUGGCCAUGGAAUGGAAGAACGCGGGGUUAUUUUCCACUCUCGAAGGGUGGAGAAACGAGUUGUACACGAUAUAUUCGCCCGACAAGGAGCCGUACAUGUACUUGGAGCGAGCGCUAUGUCCUCUUCUGGGCGUGGUAAUGUACGGAGUUCACAUUAACGGUUACGUACGUACCAAGGAAGGUUUGAAGCUCUGGAUUCCUAGAAGAUCUGCCACCAAACAAACGUUUCCAGGGAUGCUCGACAACACCGUAGCCGGUGGACUUGGUUACCCGCACGGGCUAAUGGAAACGUGCAUUAAAGAGUGCUAUGAAGAGGCAGGAUUGACGGAGGACGUCGUCAAGCAGAAUCUGCGCAACGUUGGCGUGAUGUCUUUCUUCUACCAGUCAGAAAAAGGAGAUUAUACUUCAGAGGCUGGCUUGCUGCAGCCCGAGGUGGAAUAUCUCUACGACUUGGAAAUGAGCGGCAAGACGCUCCCAAGUCCCGUGGAUGGUGAAGCUGAGGAUUUUCAGUUGCUGGAUAUUCCCAAAAUAUGUGAUCUUGUUAAAUCCGGGCAUUUUACGCCAACGUGCUCAGGUGUUAUAAUAGACUUCUUGAUGAGACAUGGGUAUAUCUUACCGGAAACUGAGCCCCAUUAUAUUGAGGUUGCUGCUAGAUUACACAGAAAUUUGCCAUUUCCUCUUCGCUAG